CAAGCGCGUACGACGUGCACACAAGGGGAGUUGGGUUGGUGCCGCAAAUAAUAAUGAUAAACAAACAAGAGCCAGACAAAUAAAUAAAUGAACAUAAAACUCAAUUGGCUUUGAGAGAGCUGCCGUACAUUGCAGGUACGCAUAGGUUUUAUUAUGCUAUGACGAAAAAGACACGUCACACACCACCACCGUGAGCUUUGGGUCCCCGGGGAUUGGGGCCGGAUGGGCUGAUUUAGGACCAACAACAGGUAGUUCAAUGAUUGAGUUGAGAGGGGCAGAGUCUAAAAGUUGAUCGUUGAUGCUGCAGGACAUUUUGCAGAGAAUAUGUUGCACUACUCAUUGUAAACUGUGAGGAACCAUUGUAUACAGAACUUACUGCAGACAACGACGACGUUAAAUACUUGUGUGUAAACUGUGUACUAGAUAAAGCACGAUGGCAAUUGCAUUUUCAGCCACCGUUCUUCUAGCCUCAUUCCUUAUGACACAAGCUCUUCGGAUAACUCUACGCCGUCUCCUACCUAAAUCAAUCUAUCAGUAUGUCGCAGAAUGCCUUUGUGUCUUCCAACUCACAAGCUGCGUUUUGGAGAAUGGCAUCUUACUCGGGAGUUACGGGACCUGGGUUUAUGCAGCCGGCCUGUUCUGCCUUGGUCUUGGUUACAGCCUUACAUUUGAUGCUUACGGAAAUCCAGCCGCCAUGCUGGAACAAAUCCUGAAGAAAAAAAUUAGUAUUUGGAACGGCAUUUUGAAAAUGAUUGCUGAGGUUUUAGGAGGGCUUCUGGCCUACCGCUACAUCCUCUUCGUAUGGAGCACCUUUGCCACGACGUCAGUGCAUAGAAACCGAGCUGAGAUGAUGAAGGAUUCGUGUCAGUCUGCUCUACAAGUUAACUUGAUGAUUGGAAUGUGCGCAGAGGGCCUAGCAAUGUUUGUCUCCCGCAGUGUCGCUGGUAUGGGUGUAGGAGGCCCGAAAUACUACAAGAUGGUCAACUCCUUCACUUCUGUGGUAGUUGUGAUAUCAGGUCUGGACUGGACUGGUAUGAUGUUUAACCCCGCCCUAGCUACAGCUCUGACCUACAACUGCAAAGGUCAUCAUCUCUAUGAGCACGUCGUGGUCUACUGGCUAGGACCCUUCAUCGGCACCAUAAUGAGUAUUGUAGUCUUCCAUUACAUCAUGGAAGAACAUGUGGACGGAGAGAAAACAUCUACCGCCAAAUUCAGAAACGGUAGUAGUCAGCGAGGAGAGAAAGAUGGGACUAAUGGGGUAACGAACGGCAAGGAUAAGGCAAACUGAAGUUGAGUUAACAAUUAGAAACAAGCCAUUUUAAGAAAAAGGGCCCAAUUUCAAAGAGCUGCUCAUUAUAAGCAGAAAUGUUGCAUAACAUUUUUCUACUAAGCGCAACUAAGCAGAAUACCAGUCACAUUUUUGUAAUACACAAUAUGUGUACAAUGGUAUUUAUUUGAAUUUUAAUCUUGUAAGCAUAAUUUAGGUGUGCCUUGCAAAUUUUUAUGCUUUAAAAGCAGCUCUAUGAAAUUGACUGAGCCCUGUAAUGAAACUCUGAAUGUCAAUUAUUUUGUUUUACGAUCAUGGUGCCUUAUAAAUUGAUUAAUUUUCUUUAACAAAUAAAAUACUGAAUGAUAGAUCCCCUUGUGUGUUAUUUUGUUGGUACCUUUAAAAGUAGACAGUACCCUUCAUCAAACUCCUCAUGAUUCAAACAAAAGUCCCACAUACCGUGCAGGAAAAUACUGUAUGUUCUUAAAGUGCACUGAACGUCACUUAGUGAUAGAUAUGCGCGAUGUAUAAGAUUAUUAUUUUUUGUGUGAACCAAAAACACCUGUGCUUGAUGUAUAGUUGAUUUGAGACUAUGGUUGCAUUACAAAUCACAUGGUGUCUUAUUUUAAGAGUACACUUCAUUAUGCCUACCAUGACCUUAAUAUAAAUGUAACGCAUUUCAGAUUUAUAUUUAAUAAAAAAAGAGAUGGUGCGCAAAUCAUAUUGGAAUAUCUUUAAUGUCAAUCUAAACAAAUUUAUUAAUUUUUACAAGUUUUGCACUGAUAAAAUAUUUCAUUUUUUUGGUGUGUGGUCAGAUAUUUUUCUUUAAUGGUUCGUUUAAUUCAGGUAUGUUAUUUUGUCGGUAUACAUCAUUUAGGCCUAUAGCACUUGGUGCAAAACAUUUGAAAUAUUGUUCAUAGAAGUUUACAUACAUCUUUGGGAUGAUUCAACACAGAUUGUGCCUAUUGCUUUAAGCAAAUUGAGUGUAACUACAUGUACAACAACAAAUUUGUGUUUUGAAAAAAGAAUUAGUAUUUGUAUUUUUCUUGAGUGGUUUUAUAUCUUAUAUCAUGCUCUUUCUUUGAUGGCUUACAUUUCAGCCUUGAGGGAACAGCCUUAGAACAAGCUGCAAAGUGCAUGGGAAAAUAAGAACGCAUUUUUAGAUAUAAAUCUAAAUUCAUAAAUACCUCAGACAGUUUCGCUAUUCCUAUUGGUGGAGAGCGCGUCAUGUGGGGGUGUUUAAACGGUUGAUAAUGACCAGCUGGAGCUGUUUAUACCCGGUUGUUUUUGGAUACGCUUAAAUGCAUACUUUAUACACGCACGAAUGCAUAUCCGAAAACUGUCUCGGUCAUAAAAAUGCAACACACGUACAGAGCUCAAGGACGUCUCAU